UAAGUAUCUCUCACACACAACAAAACACACACUCAACUACCACUCAUCAUCUAAUCUUCACAUAUUAGAGAAACUAAAAUUGCAUCGCUAUUUAACGUAAACUAAUCUUCACUCAAAAAACUUAUGUAACACACAAAGUAGAUUCUUCUUUUCAAACCGAUGUUUUUCCUUACAUAAGAGACGAGAUCGAACCCAUAACCACUCAUAGUUUUAAUGACAAAUGAAAGUUACUAAUUAUUGAUAAAAACUUAAAAAACCAAAAUCCUCACACUUCAUCCCAUCAUUCAUCAAACAACAAACACCUCUCUCUCUCUAAAUAUAUCUCUUUCUCUCUCACACUCACAAAAACACACAAAAACAAAACAUACACUCAACCAUCCACUCAUUAUUAUUCUAAUAAUCUCCAUUUCUCAAAACUUUCUCCAACAACCUUACCUCACCUCAUCACACCACUAUUCUCUAAACUCUCUUCUUUGUUGUGUUUCGUGUUUGUUCUUCUUUUGUCUGCAUUUGUCUCUCUUUCUUGGUUCAUCCACUUUUCCCCUAACACACACUUUUUUUUUCCUCAUUAUAAUAAUAUAAAAAACAUCAAAAAGAAAAGAAUAGUAGAAAACGUUAUACAUAUACAUAGUACAUUUUACACUGUACCAUUAACAAAAAAAAUCACUUUUUUCCUCUUAAAUUUCGGUUUUGCUUUCUUUUUGACUUGUUUUUUCAAUUGGGUUGUGUCUAAAUUCAUAAAGGGUCAUCUAAAAAUGGUUUCUUUUUAGUUUUCAAAACAUCAAAUUUUCAUCAUGGAUCUUGAGUCUGUGAUCUACAAGAACCCAGUUAAGGAUGAUUCAUGGAAGCAUGUGUUGGUUUUGGCAUAUCAAAGUUUAGGAGUUGUGUAUGGAGAUUUAAGCACUUCUCCACUAUAUGUAUACAAAAGCACUUUUGCUGAGGAUAUUGAACAUUCAGAUACAAAUGAAGAAAUCUUUGGUGUAUUGUCUUUUGUGUUUUGGACACUAACUUUGAUUCCACUUCUGAAAUAUGUGUUCAUUGUGUUGAGAGCUGAUGAUAAUGGUGAAGGAGGGACUUUUGCUUUGUACUCUUUGCUAUGUAGACAUGCUAGAGUGAGUUUGAUGCCUAAUACUCAGCUAGCUGAUGAGGAUUUGGCACAGUACACAAUGGAUGAAACUGUUGCUGUUGAUAAGAAAAAUGUUGGGUCUAGAUUGAAAUCUUUGUUGGAGAAACAUAGAGUGUUUCAAAGGGUGCUUCUUGUUCUUGCUUUGAUUGGGGCAUGCAUGGUUAUUGGUGAUGGUGUUCUCACACCAGCAAUUUCUGUUUUUUCUGCUAUAUCAGGUUUAGAGCUUUCCAUGUCUAAAGAGCAGCACAAAUAUGUGGAGGUUCCAGUUGCUUGUGCGAUACUGAUAUUUUUAUUCGCUCUUCAACAUUACGGCACUCACCGUGUUGGAUGUCUUUUCGCACCUGUUGUGUUGACCUGGCUGAUAUGCAUCAGUACUAUUGGUCUUUAUAAUAUAAUCCAUUGGAAUCCACAUGUUUAUCAAGCUCUCUCCCCAUACUACAUGUUCAAAUUUCUGAAAAAGACUCAAUGGGGAGGUUGGAUGUCUUUGGGAGGGAUUCUAUUGUGUAUAACAGGCUCAGAAGCUAUGUAUGCUGAUUUAGGACACUUCAAUCAAUUGUCUAUUCAGAUUGCUUUCACUUUCUUGGUAUACCCUUCUUUGAUCCUAGCAUAUAUGGGACAAGCUGCAUAUCUUUCCAAGCAUCAUGCUCUUGAAAGUGACUAUAGAAUUGGGUUUUAUGUGUCUGUACCAGUAAAACUUAGAUGGCCUGUUCUUGCGAUAGCCAUACUUCAAGCUGUGGUUGGAAGUCAAGCAAUCAUCACUGGAACUUUCUCGAUAAUCAAACAGUGUUCCUCUUUAGGGUGCUUCCCCAAAGUCAAAAUCGUUCACACAUCAUCGAAAAUACAUGGCCAGAUUUACAUUCCUGAGAUCAACUGGAGUUUAAUGCUUCUAUGUCUUGCUGUUACAAUUGGAUUUCGAGAUACCAAACGAAUGGGAAAUGCAGCAGGUCUGGCUGUCAUAACUGUCAUGUUGGUGACCACAUGCCUGAUGUCUCUAGUCAUAGUCUUAUGUUGGCACAAAAGUGGCUGGCUAGCUAUUUGCUUUCUAUUGUUCUUUGGAUCCAUUGAAGCACUCUAUUUCUCUGCAUCCCUCAUCAAGUUCCUUGAAGGUGCUUGGGUCCCUAUUGCCCUCUCACUCAUCUUUCUUAUUGUCAUGUAUGUAUGGCACUAUGGCACAAUAAAGAAGUACGAGUUCGAUGUUCAAAAUAAGGUCCCUAUCAAUUGGCUCCUCGGUUUAGGCCCGACUUUAGGAAUUGUGAGGGUUAAAGGUAUUGGCCUAAUACAUACCGAGCUUGUAGCUGGAAUCCCAGCUAUUUUCUCUCAUUUUGUUACCAAUCUUCCUGCCUUUCACCAAGUGGUAAUCUUUCUCUGCAUCAAAUCUGUCCCGGUACCGCAUGUUGCACCUCGAGAAAGAUUCUUAGUUGGUAGAAUUGGUCCAAAGGAAUAUAGGCUUUAUAGGUGCAUAGCACGGUAUGGCUACCGUGACAUUCACAAAGAUGACAUGGAGUUCGAGAAAGAUCUUAUAUGCAGUAUAGCCGAAUUUAUCCGAUCCGAUACUUCUGAAUACGGCUUAGGGUUAGGAAGUUUCGAAGACGAUACAAAGAUGACAGUUGUCGGAACUUCAUCAUCAAACUCAGAAGGCGUAAAGAUGUCAGAAGACGAUCAAGAUGAUAAUUCUCAGAUAGAAGGAACUUCAGAGUUGAAGGAAGUUAAGUCACCCGAAAGAGUGAAGAAGAGAGUGAGGUUUGUUGUGCCGGAUAGUCCGCGGAUGGAUAUAGAUACAAGGGAAGAAUUGCUUGAGCUUAUGGAAGCAAAGGAAGCAGGAAUGGCAUUUAUAAUGAGUCACUCAUAUGUGAGAGCAAAAAGAGGAUCAAGUUGGAUAAAGAAAGUUGUUAUUAAUUAUGGAUAUGAUUUCUUAAGAAGAAACUCUAGAGGACCAACUUAUGCUUUAAGUUUACCUCAUGCAUCUACCUUAGAGGUAGGUAUGAUCUAUCAUGUCUAAGUUUUUGGCCAGUUCUAUAUCAGUUAUAUAGUUUAGUUUUGUACCUAGUGAUCCUUAUAGAUGAUAAAUGGUGGCAUUUUGUAUAGUGACCCUCUAAGUGCAAGCUUCUUUUUGUGAGUAAAAUGCUACCAACCUUUUGUUGUGUUUUGUAUUUUCUUGGUGUACAUAAAUAAGGUAUUUGUUGGGACUAAUCCCUCAAUAUCAAGCUCUUUUUCAUCCUACCAUCAAUAUGAAAUGUAGAUACUGAAGAGUAUUUUGAAUGAAAAGGAGAAAGCUCAAUGAGAAAGGGCUUAAUAGACAA